UAUAGUCUCAUAGAAUAAGGAUAUUGAUCUAAUUUAAAUCUCACUAUUUUUCUUACAAUACAUUGAGUUUCAUAUUUUAAGUCUAAUUUAAUUUAUAUAUUCGCAAUUUACGAAUUAAAUUGAAUUAAAUUUAAUUAAAUUGGAUAAUUCAUAAACUUGUAAAUUAAAUUAUGUAAGAUUAUUUUACAAAUUCUAAUAUUUCAAAUUAAGUUACAUAUAUUCGAUCCUUUUACACAUACCUUCAUUCUAUACUCAUUAAGUAUUCUUCUUCUUCUUGAUUUUCCUUUGCAGAAUGGACGACGUUAAAGACAAGGUCAAAGGCUUCAUGAAAAAAGUCAACAGCUCUAUUUCUUCUUCAUCUUCUGGUAAAUUCAAGGGCCAAGGUAGGGUUCUUGGAUCAUCCUCUACUUCUUCUUCUUCAACUCCUUCCAAUCCCAUUCCUUCUCGCCUUUUGAACACUCCUCAAUCGGGUUCUGGUUCUAAUUCCAAUUCCAAUUCCAAGCCUUUACCUCCCAAAACUCAGAUUUCCAAUCCAAAACCAGACCCUUCACCUCAAAAACCCAAGACUUCCAAUGGGUUCGACCCUUUCGAGUCUUUGGUCACUUCUGGGAAGAGAUGUAGAAAUGGGUUUUCUCCACAGGUAUUCAAAUGCCCGAUUUGUGAUCAAGUUUAUGGGUCUGAGGAAGAGGUUUCCGAACACGUUGAUACCUGUGUUAAUGGCGGUGAGAGUGGUAAUACUGCUUUGGAAUCGGGAUCGGUCGAUAUUGGGAUUGAUUCAUCGAGAAAUGAAUUGGAGGCUCGCGUUGGAGGGUUUCUUUCGGCGAAGCCUUCAGCUGGGUCGAUUGAAAUUAUUCUAAAGUUGUUGAAGAACAUAGUUAAAGAACCGGAGAACGCAAAGUUCAGGAAGAUUCGAAUGGGUAAUCCUAAGAUAAGGGAAGCGAUUGGGGAUGUUGUUGGAGGGGUUGAAUUGUUGGAGGCUGUGGGAUUUUCUUUGAAGGAAGAAGAUGGGGAGAUGUGGGCAUCAAUGGAGGUUGUUCCUUUGGAGGAUGGAAUUGGUUUGAUUAAGUAUGCUGUGAAUUUACUUGAACCGCCAAAAGAAGAACAGCAGAAGAUGACCAGUUCUUCAUCUGUUGAUUCUGGUAAUUUGGAGGAAAAAGUUGAGCCAAAGAAGAUUGAUAGACAGACCAAGGUGUUCUUUUCUGUCUCCGAGAACUUAGCAGCUAAAAUAGAGCUACCGGAUUCUUUCUAUAAAAUGUCAAUUGAAGAGGUGAGAAGAGAAGCUGAAAUGAGAAGGAAAAAGCUUGCAGAUUCUCAGCUUUUGAUCCCUAGGUCACUCAAGGAAAAGCAAGCAAAAGCUGCUAGAAAAAGGUAUACAAAAACUGUCAUCCGUGUCCAAUUUCCCGACGGUGUAGUGCUCCAAGCUAUUUUCUCUCCAUUUGAGCCAACAAGUUCCCUCUAUGAGUUUGUCAGCUCAUCUCUGAAAGAACCCAGUUUGGAAUUCCAUCUGUUAAAUCCGGUAAAUAUCAAACGGCGAGUAAUCCCUUGCUUUCCCACAGAAGGUGGGAAACAAACAACACUAGAGGAAGAGGAUUUGGUCCCUUCAGCUCUUAUCAAAUUCAGACCGAGCGAAACAGACUCCAUUGUUUUCACAGGACUGCGCAAUGAACUCUUAGAAAUUAGCGAACCACUUUUACCGGAUUCAGCUGUUUCUUCAACGUGAGCUUGAAUUCGGGUAACAUCUUUUACUCAAACUGUCUUGAGAAUCUUCAUGUUUCUCUCAUUGGUGUUGUAACUUAGUUAAAAAUCAUUUAUUGAAUUUUUUUUCCACAACUUAUAAUUGAUUCAAUGUACAAUUAUAUUAGCUUUUGCCCUUUGAUUGAAGCCUAAAGGCUUAAUUUCUUCAUUUUAUCUUUGUAAAGAAAUUUGGAUUGAAAUUGAUUUUCUUUUUCUCUUUCUUCUUCAUUUACAAUUUUUGUAGAUGUUGUAACUUUAUGUAUCUUAUGUUUUAACUUUUAUACACUUAAUUUGCUAAUU